AUGCCAACACAUUCAACAUCAAAAGUUCAGUCAGCCAAAAAAAUAAAACAUCCAACUUAUCUUGAUAAAACAGCACAAUUAUUCUUUUUUACUGAAAUGUUAAGAGGCAUGUGGGUAGUACUAGAGCAGUUUUUCAGACCUCCUUAUACAAUUUUUUAUCCCUAUGAAAAAGGACCAUUGAGCCCUAGGUUUAGAGGUGAACAUGCUCUAAGAAGAUAUCCUACAGUUGAUGCAAUCGUUGAAGGGCCUAAUUUUGAGUAUUCAACAGAAACGCGUGAGGAAUUAUUAUACAACAAAGAGAAACUUCUUGCCAAUGGUGACAAAUGGGAACCUGAGAUUGCAAAAAACUUGCAAGCGAAUUCAUAUUAUGU